AAAAUGUCUGGAUCGGACUUUGAUGAUGUUUAUUUUUCUGCAACGGAGCGAACAAACUUCCAGCCGUUACUUAAUCGACUGAGAUCUUUUGAGAAAACAGUCGCUCGCUCUUUUCGUCAAUUUGAAGAAAGAUUAAAUGUUGUAGAAGAAAAUGUAAAAACUAAUAAAAAUGGACUUUCUGGAACAAAAGGAUCGGUUACUAAGCUCCGAAAUUCUUUAAAAACUAUGGAAAAUUUUGUUAAAGAAAAAUUAAACCAAAAUAUAAAUUUUGAGGAAAACCAAUCGGAAGAUGAACCUAAAAUCGAUCUAGAAGUGAAAGUUGGGGAUCCUUUCCUUAAUAAUGGGAGUUUUAUCCCUCAUUACGAUGGAAAUCCGUCCAUUUCAUUCUCGAAAUGGAUAGAAAAAUUCAAAGACAUUUUAACGCUGCUGACUACCCCAUUGACGGAGGCACAAAAACUAGCUCGUUUAAGAUUCUGUUUGGAUGGCCAGGCAAGGACUUUAUAUGAUUCGAUAGAUCCCGCUCCAAAUACGUUGGAAGAAGCGAUUCAAUUUUUGAAAACUCGCUUUGAAAAUGGGAAUACCAAAAUUAUAGCAAGACAGGCCUUGUCUAUUUGUAAGCAAGCGCCAGGUGAACCUGUCUUUGAUUUUUCGAAUAGACUGAAUGAAGCAGUUAGAGCUGCUUUAAGCGGAGAAAAUGAGCAAACCAUUAAAAAGAGGCUUUUAGAGGAAUUCCUGGACCGUAUAACGCCAGAGCUACAAUUUCAGGUUAAAGCACAAAGGCCUACGGAGUAUGUUUCGGCUUAUGAAUUGGCUCUGCACUUUGAGCUUUUGCUGGGUGAUAGAAAACGUGCGAAUAUUUCCAGUGCAGAUCUCGCCGAAAAAGUAGAUGCUUUAACAAUUAAUAAAAAUAAACCUGAUGUUAUUACCUGUUAUUGUUGUAGGCGUCCAGGUCAUAUAGCACGUAACUGUCCUGAGAAUCAGGGAAACUUUAAUAGAAACUAUAGAAGAAACAAUAAUUACAAUCCACGAAAUAACUACAAUGCGAGAAAUUAUGAUAAUAGACAGAGAUAUUAUCAGAACAGAUCAAAUUACAAUCCCAAUUACAAUGGAGGCCAUAGAAAUCAUUACAGUAAUUCGAAUUACCGCCAGAACAAUUAUGAGCAAUAUGAAGGUCAAAGACGUAAUAAUUACAGAAAUUAUAAUAAUAGCAAUCAAUAUACCUCUAAUUCGAGAGACAGUAGUAGAUCUUCUGGUAGUAGACGUGUUAAAUCUGAGCGUAGAUCAAGUCCGUCUAUUAGAGUUAUUAGUCCACUUCUCCUUGCUUUACUUGCCUUAUUAUCAGUUUUUAGUGGAACGUUAGCUCAUAAUCCAAUGAUUUGCUUAAAUGAUGCUCCAAAAUCUUUAUGGAAGUUUCCAGAUACAAAUUAUCCGAACUGGCAGCCAACAGCAGAAUUAACACACGAAAUUAUAAAACUUACGAGUAAAAGUUCUGUAUGGCAGAAUCCCAGUUCAAGAUCAGAAGCAUUUGCUAGCAACAUUAUUGCUAAAUGCCUUUUUGCUUUUCUUACUGGAGGUAUUUUUCCAAUUAACAUAGUUGUGGUAUUUGCUUUCUGUUGCUACGUUACACUAAAAUUUGUAUUGCCAGCAAUAUUGGCCCAAACAAUUGGCUAUCUAAAUAUUGGCGAGAGAAUUUACCAAUACACCUCUACUAAGAAAGGAGCCAAAAAGAUUGAGAAAUUUAAAUUAAAUAAUUUUAAAAUAAAAACGGCAAAUAAAGAUAAAUUAGUGCCGAUUGGAGACAGAUGGCCCUAUCAAAACUUUGGAGAAGAAAAUCCUAAAAAUAAGUUAGUUGAAGUAAUGACAGCUGGCCAUCAAUGCGAUGAGAAUAUGCGUGUACUUGUAGAAAUUAAUGGACAAAAAUUAAUUUGUCUUUUGGAUACAGGAGCUCAUAUUUCUUUAGUUGGUAAUAAAACAGCUAAAAGAUUAGGAAUUACAGACUUAUAUCAACCAGAUUGCAGCGGAGUUAUAGGAAUUGGAAAUAAAGUUAUACCCGCUAUUGGUCAAUCUGAGAUAAUAUUAAAAAUAGCAAAUAUUCCAAUUAAAACAAAAUUAACAGUGGUGAAUGAUGUGUUGAGUAACAAUGGAACAUAUAGUGUGAUAAUCGGAAGAGAAUCUCUCAAGAAGAUGCCCCUCUUACUUAAUUUAAUGACGGGAGAAUUAAUAAAUAGUGAUAAAUUAAAAAAUAAUCUGCAAAAAUUAAUAAAUUGCUCACUUCCUCUGAAAGAGCAAUCCGGAGAGAAUCUAUAUAGAAUAGAAGAUAAAUAUGGUUCAGAACGUAUUUCACGUAGGGACCAAAUGAGGAUCCGCAGAGGCGGUCUCCGAAAUAAACCAACCUUUUAGGUUGAGAAAAUUCUUUUAAAAUCUUAUGUAUAUAUCUCCCCACCAUAUUUAAUAUUUUUUCCAUUUAUUCUCCUUUACUAUUAUUUAUUGUUCACUGCUUUUUCAUCUAAUUAUUGUUGUCUUAAUUUAAAAAAAAAUGUAACUUCAUCAUUUAAAAUGACUACAAUGGAAAUUCAUCAAAUUUUGGGAAACAACACUACUAUUGGAGAGGGAGGAGAUGGAUGAAAAAA